AUGGCUCCGUUAAAUCUCACAGGGGAUGUGAUAUCUCCCCUCAUCCGGCAUUUCAACAACAGCCCCGUCGCCCCCAACGUGCUCAUCAACGCGCGAGACUCCACCUUCCCGGACUAUUCCCAACCAAAAAUAAAUAAAGAUAAAAUCGCAGCAAUAAUAAUUGGCGGAGUCAUCCUCGCUAUCAUUUUUGUGUUCAUCUUUUGCAGAACCUUCGAAAAGAUCACCCAGCGCCCGGAGAGGCCGAUGCCCCAAGGCCAAGUCUACGGCUACACCAAUGCCAGCUCCCACGCGUUGGCCUCGCUGAGGCCUGACAGGAGCUACGAGAGGCCGAGUUUUCAGCAUAUUGAGAACAGUGGACUGGGCAACCGCCAGUCGGGAGGGGGUGCGGUGGCAUAUCCAGCGCCAGUUGUGACCCAUGGUCGGGAUAGACAAGAUGAAUCGCCGCCACCGCCAUAUCCGGAGCCACCGAAAUACAAGUUCUCACCGUAUCUAUAG